AAAAUAAGAUCAUCACAUUUGUGAAGAAUGAACUGCAAAGAUUUAAGAUGAUUCUAAGUCCAGAUUACCAAGAAGACUUAAAGAGAAAAGAUGAAGAUGAGAGUGAUGCCAGAGAAGGAGCUCUUAAGAUGGCACUACACUUCCUAUUGGAGAUGGAGAGAACAGAUCUUGCUGACAAACUGAAAGAUUAUGAGCUGGAUGUACUUUGUCGGGCUGAACUGAAAAGACAUUUCAAGAACAAAUACCAGAGUGUGUUUGAAGGAAUACCCAUGCAAGGAAACUCUGCCCUGCUCGACAAGAUCUACACAGAGAUCUACAUCACAGAGGGAGGAAUUGGGAAAGUAAAUGACGAGCAUGAAGUCAGGCAGAUUGAGUCCAUAUCCAAAAGAUCAGUUGGAAGCGAGAAACAAAUCAAGUGCAAUGACAUUUUCAAGCUCUUACGUGAUCAGGACAAGCCAAGCAGAAGAGUCAUCACAAAGGGGGUAGCUGGCAUUGGUAAAACCAUCUCCAUUCAGAAGUACAUCCUGGACUGGGCUGAGGGAAAAGACAACAGAGAGAUCCAUUUAAUUUUCCCAUUGCCUUUUCGGGAGCUCAACCUGAUAAGAGACACACAGCUUUCUUUGAUGGGUCUCCUUCACCACUUCUUUCCAGAGCUGAAGCAUUUAACCUUUGACAUUCAAGAGAAGUUUAAAUUAUUGUUCAUCUUUGACGGUCUGGAUGAAUGUCGACUCCAACUAAACUUUCAGGAGAAUGAAAGUUACACUGAUGUGACUGGUGUCACUUCAUUGGAUGCACUCCUGACAAAUCUCAUUAAGGGAAAUCUGCUUCCUUCUGCUCUACUUUGGAUCACCUCCCGACCAGCGGCAGCCAGUCAGAUUCCUCCCGAUUGUAUUGACCUUGUCACAGAGAUCCAAGGCUUCAAUGACGCACAGAAGGAGGAGUACUUUAGGAAGAGGAUCAGUGAUGAGAGUUUUGUAAGCACAAUAAUGUCUCACAUUAAAUCAUCAAGGAGUCUCCACAUCAUGUGCCACAUACCAGUGUUUUGCUGGAUUACUUCUUGUGUUCUUGUGGCGAUUCUUGGCUCUUCAGAAAGACAACAGCUUCCAAAAACGUUGACAGAAAUGUACACAUAUUUCCUGAUUUUCCAAACAAAACAGGCCAAUCAAAAGUUUGACAAUAUGCAUGAACUUGAUCCACAAUGGAACAGGAAACUAAUCCUUGCUCUUGGAAAGCUAGCCUACAAACAGUUGGAGAAGGGAAAUCUGAUCUUCUAUGAAGAGGACCUGAGGGAGCAUGGCAUUGAUGUCAGAGAAGCUGUAGUACGCUCUGGUGUAUGCACCCAGAUCUUCCGACAGGAAUAUAGCAUUUUUCAAGCAACAGUGUUCUGCUUUAUCCACCUGAGUAUCCAGGAGUAUCUUGCAGCUCUGUAUGUGUUUCUGAUGAUGGCAACAGAAAGGCAAAAUGUGAUCUCCACAAAAGAGCUUGAAGAAUCAAUGACCAUCCUACACAAGAGUGCUGUGGACAAAGCUCUGGAGAAUAAAGAUGGACGUUUUGACCUCUUCCUCCGGUUUCUUCUUGGUCUUUCUCUGGAGUCCAACCUGACUCUCCUGCGUGGCCUUCUGCUGAGUGGAGAGAUAUAUAUUAGCAAUGCUGAAACAAUCAGUUACAUUAAGGACAAGAUCAGGGAGGUCCCUUCAUCAGAGAGGAUGAUCAAUCUCUUCCACUGCCUGAAUGAACUGAAUGACCAUUCCUUAGUGGAGGAGAUCCAGAAAUUCCUGAGUGCAGGGACGCUUUCUGAAGCCGAACUCUCACUUGGCCAGUGGUCAGCUCUAGUGUUUGUGCUGCUGACAUCAGACCAAAAGCUGGAUGUUUUCGAUCUGAAGAAAUACGUCAAGUCGGAUGAAUGUCUCUGGAGGCUGAAGCCAGUAGUGGAGGAAUCCAAGUCACUUCUACUGGCAGACUGUGGUGUAACAGGAGUAGGAUAUGCUGCUCUGGCCUCAGCUCUCAAAUCAAAUCCUUCACACCUGGAGGAACUGGACCUGAGAGGAAACGACCCUGGAGACUCCAGAGUAGAGCUCCUUUCAGAAUUACAGCAGGAUCCAGCCUGUAAACUUCNGAAACUUAUGCUCGAUGCCUGCAGUAUAACAGAAGAGGGCUGUGCUGCUCUGACUUCAGCUCUGAUGUCAAACCCCUCACACCUGACACUUCUGGAUCUGGAUAAUAAUAAAAUUAGGGAUUCUGGUGUGAAGCAGAUAUCUGCUCUACUCAGGAAUCCAGACUGUAAACUACAACGGCUUUGGCUUCAGACCUGCAGUGUAACAGAAGAGGGCUGUGCUGCUCUGACUUCAGCGCUGAUUUCAAACCCCUCACACCUGACAUAUCUGUCUCUGAAUAAUAAUACACUUGGAGACUCUGGAGUGAAGCAGAUCUCACCUCUACUCAGGAAUCCAGACUGUAAGCUACAGAUACUGUGGCUUCAGUCCUGCAGUAUUACAGAAGAGGGCUGUACUGCUCUGAGUUCAGCGCUGAUUUCAAACCCCUCACACCUGACAGAACUGUAUCUGAGUCAUAAUAAACUUGGAGACUCUGGAGUGAAGCAGAUAUCCGCUCUACUCAUCAAUCCAGGCUGUAAACUACAAACGUUAAGGCUUAAUGACUGCAGUAUAACAGAAGAGGGCUGUGCUGCUCUGACUGCAGCGCUGAUUUCAAACCCCUCACAUCUGACAGAGCUGUAUCUGGGUGCUAAUAUGCUUGGAGACUCGGGUAUGAAGCAGAUCUCUGCUCUACUCAGCAAUCCAGACUGUAAACUACAAAAACUAAGCCUUUGGACUUGCGAUAUAACCGAACGAGGUUGUGCUCUUCUGACAUCAGCUCUGGCAUCAAACCCCUCCCACCUGAUAGAACUGAAUCUCAGUGAUAAUAAACUUGGAGACUCAGCAGUCAAGCAGAUCUCUGCUCUGGUGGAAGACCCAAACUACAGACUUGAGAAAGUAACCUUGGAAAACACUGGGAAGUAGCCUCUUACUGCAGAUGGGGUCGUCGGCGGGCCUAUGCACUAUUUGCUGAAAAUACUCAACUACAUCAUAACAACAU